AGUGUUUUUAUAAGGUACAGCUCAUUCGGUGUUGUCUCGGUAUCCGAAUUUAAUCCGGGCCGGGUCUUCCCCAAAUCGAAAAGCACGAAAUUUCCCCCAAAUUUAUUUUUUCUUGAAUUCGUGUUCAGAUCUCUUCCUUCUUCCAGAUCUAUCUUCGAAUCAAUUGUACAAAAAAAUAUGGGUGUUAAGCGCACUUUUGAAGCUGAGGAUGUGCAAGAGCUCAACAUGAAGCAUGCAAGAGAGAUUAGUUAUUGCAAUAAGCUGGCCAAGCUAGACGAAGGAGUUCCAUAUCAUGUUUCACUGGAGAAGUCUGGUCUUGUCAUAGCAGGAGAGGAUCUGAGUGAUAUCUACGGGCUUGAAUGUGAGGAUAGUGUUGAGAAGGGGUCUGAGACCAAGGCACCUUUCUCCUGGAUCUCAUCUGAGGAGGAUGCUACGACUCAGUCUACCCUUUCUCACGAAUCUCCCGAGUCAGAUUGGUGUCAGAGUUCUCCUAGAAAACAAGUUCGAAUCGGGUCUGAUUACCAGGCUAAUAUUCCUGAUUGUGUCAAGGAAGAAGUCCGUGAUGUUGUUGAUCACAACGAAGAACAACUGAUCGGCAAGUGCGUGAUUCCAAUGCCUGACCAUGAAACCGAGUUCUUCGAAAUUGGUAAAGGAAGAAAAGAAUGCAUUUGCGUGGAUAAAGGUUCCAUCAGAUGCGUGCAGCAGCACAUCAUUGAAAACCGAGAAGGCUUGUUUGAGACUAUCGGAUACGAAAGAUGUUUGAACAUAGGUCUCGGUGAAAUGGGAGAGGAAGUCGCUGGUAAACUAACCGAGGACGAGGAAGAUCUAUUCCACGAGGUUGUUUACUCCAACCCUGUUUCACUGAACCGUGAUUUCUGGAAACACCUAAAGUCUGCGUUUCCUUCACGAACCAUGAAGGAGAUUGUGAGCUAUUAUUUCAACGUCUUCAUCCUGCGAAGAAGAGCUGUUCAGAAUCGUUCUAAAAGCCUGGACAUCGAUAGUGACGAUGAUGAGUGGCAAGUAGAGUAUGACAACACGUUUUAUGGUCCUGAAACUCCAGUUGAUAAAACCGGAAAAAGCCUCUCAAGAGAUGAUGAAGAAGAAGAGGUGAUUGUAGAAGAAGAUUCGUGCAUGUCCGAUGACUUCCAGUCCAAUGUAAACAGAGAGGAAUCCGAUGUUGGGAAUCACUGGAGCCAUUGCAAUGAUCUUGUGGAGGAUCAUUUUUAUUCAUUUGAUCAUUGUUGGAGUAAGAACAUUGAUUUUCUUCCAACUUCCAACAUCAUCGACGAGAUCUUUGGUCAAGAAGACCCAUGGGAUGAUUUCUCUAGGAGAAAGUAAAUGAAGAAUGAUCUCCAAUCUCACAUUGUUACUCUGCUCUAGAAUCUUCUGUAUAUGUAAAUGCAUUAUUUAACAAAGCUGGGGAUGUUGUAAGAGAGUUCUCUGUAUAGUUCAAGACCUCGAGUCUUUUUUUUUUGUAUUUUAUAAUUACCUUUUUUGUAAA